UUGAACUCACAAACCAUGAGAUCAUGACCUGAGCCAGGGUCAAGGAUCGGGCGCUUAACUGACUGCACCACCCAGGCGCCCCUGUCCCCCAUUUUUUUUUUAAGAGUGGGUACAAGUAGGGGAGGGGCAGAGGGUGAGGGAGGAGAAUCUUAAGCAGCCGCCAUGCCCAGAGUGGAGCUGGAUGUGAGGCUCAAUCUCGUGGCCGUGAGAUCAUGACCUGAAUCGAAAUCAAGAGUGGACGCUCAACUGACUGAGCCACACCGGCACCCCCACGUUUUCCAUUUUAAUUGUGCGAGAUUCACCUUCACACAGCCUCGGUCCAGGAUCAUGAAAACACUAGCCUGUAUUUUCUCACAAAAGUUCUGUGAUUUUUGUCUUUCACAUUUAAGUCUGUAGUACACUUGCUACUGAUAUUUGCAUAAAGCAAGAAAUAGUAAGUUCUUUUUUUUUUUUUUACAUAGUUGAUCAACUGUUUCAACACCAUUUUUUGACAAGUCCCAUUUUCCUCCUCUGAUCUGCAGUUUCAACUAUCAUAAAUUAAGUUUUCAUAUGUUUGUGCUUUGUGUCCAGAUUUUCUUUUCUGUUUUCUUAGUCAUUUAUGGAUUCCUGUGCUAAAAUUGCACAGUCUUACUACAGAUUUACAAUAAUUCUUGAUCUAGUGAGGUAAGUCCUUUCCACUUAAAUUUCACGAAUAUCUGGGCCAAUCUUGGACCCUUUGACUUUGAUAACCAUUUUAGAGCCAGCGUCUCAGAUUACAUGCACACAGUCUUUUUGGGAUUUCCUUUGGAAUCACACUGAAUUUAUAGAUCACUUUAUGUGAGAGGUAACAUGUUUAUGAUACGGAGUCCUCCGAUCCAUAAAUAUGGUACUUCUUUUUUUUACAUCUUGUUAAGUGUGUUAGUAAAGGUACACAAUUUUGUUUCAAACAUCUUCAGAUUUUAUGUGUACAUGUUUUAUAUUUUUCAAUACUGUUGUUUAUUAAAAUUAUGUUUGCUCUGUAUUGGUUUUUGUAUAUUACUUAAAACACUGUUGUGAUUGUUCUAAAUUUUCUACAUAGAUAACCAAAUCGUCUUUAUAGAGACAGUUUGUUUUUCCCUUUGGAUUUUGUUUUGUUUGGAUUUUGUUUUUGUUUGCAUAUAUGCUAGUUGGGGCCUCCUGUAGUGUUGAAUAGAAGCAAUGAACAAGAGCAGCCUUGUUUCUUAUUUUAUUGCCCAUAUAAAGUCAUUUAAAAAAUUUUUUUAAGUUUAUUUUAGAGCAUGAAUGGGGGAGGGGGAGAGGGAGAGGGAGACACAGAAUCCGAAGCAACUCCAGGCUCCGAGCUGUCGGCACAGAGCCUGAUGCAGGGCUGGAACUCACAAGCUUGGAGAUCAUGACCUGAACCAAAGUCGGACUCUUAACUGAGGUACCCAGGUGCCCCAAAGUCAUUUUAAACAAAUGGCAUGGUGUGCUUAGAAUACAUAUUAUGUUGUUCAGUAUAGUGUUCUGUAAAUGUCAUUUGAGUCAAAUUUUUGACUGUAUUCAAAUCUAAUACAGUCUAUGUAAACAUUUUUUCUGUGCUUUUGUGAUUUUCAGCAAAAUCUCUCACUUUGAUGGUAGAAUGUCCGUUCGUUGUAGUUCUUUCCAUUUUUGCUUUGUAUAUUUUGAUGCGAUGACACUACACUUUAGGUUUGCUAUGUCCGUUUGGCGAUUUGAACCUUUAAUGGUAGGUGGGAACCCUUUUUAUAUUUUAUAUUCUUCAAAGUCCAUUUGGUUUGAUACUUAUGUAGCAUUUAAAAUUUUUACUUUCAAUGUCUUCUAUAUCCUUAGUUUUGCGAUGUUUCUUAUUAACAUAUAGCUGAAUCUCUUAAAAAAUUAGAGUUUGAAUUUUACUUAAAGCAAUCCAUCCAUUUACAUUCAUUUUAAAUAUUAGUACCGAGUAUUUUGUGCUAUACACCUUUUUCAAUAUUUUUGUUCUCUCCUCUUUUUAAAGGAUAAUUGUUUUCUGUUAGUUUUUGUCCAUUCCUGUUUAUGUGUGCUCCUUCCCCGCCCCCUCCCCCUGCCCCACUCAAUAUUUUAAAACACUCACCUAAUUUAUCAAAGUCUGAAGUUACCCUAUCUUCCUAAGUGAGGCAAGGCACGUAGGACACCUCAGCUCUGAAGUCAUCACUUCAAAAUUAAUAGACUAACAUAUUGUAUGUAUUAUUUCUAAAUAUGUAAGCCCCUAAAGUAUGCCAUUAGCUUUACUCCCACAUUUGCACUGUUUUGUUUUCUGCUCAUUAUACCUUCUUUGGUCUUAGGUCAUUACAAUUUUCUUUUGCUUAAAAUACAUCUUUAAUUUUUUUUUUUUUUUUUUUUUUUUAAUUUCAGCGUGCGAGCAGGGGAGAGGGACAGAGGGAAACAGACAGAAUCUCAAGCAGGCUCCACACUCAGCAGAGCCUGAUGAUGCAGGGCUCAAUUCCACAAACCUGGGAUCAUGACCUGAGCCAAAAUCGAGUCAGACACUCGACUGAGCCAGCUAGGCACCCCCAUUUUUUUUAAGUUUAUCUUGAGAAGGGGGAGAGGGGCAGACAGAGAAAGACAAUCCCGAGCAGACUCUGUGCUGUGAGUGCCCAGCCGGACAAGGGGCUCAAACUCACGAACUGUGAGAUCAUGACAUGAGUCAAAAUGAAGCGUUGGAUACUUAACCAAUGGAGCCACCCAGGCGCCCAGGCUCCCCCAUCUUUUAAAAUUUCUUUUAGUGAAAGACUGUAGGUUGCUAAUUCUUAGUUGUUGUUGUUGUUGUUGUUGUUUCCUGUUUGGAAAAAUUUCGUCUUCUUGAAAAGUAUGACCGUACAAUUUUAGAUUAAUGGUAUUUCCCAUAGAACAGUGGAGUUACGUUUCUACAUUCUGGCUUUCACUACAGCUGUUGAGAAGUCGACCAAUAGCCAUUCCUUUGAAGGUUAUCUGUCUUUUAUCUUUGUACUUUAAAGAUUUUUGUCCUGACAUUGCAAAUAUUCUUGUCUUGGCAUUAAUUCUCUAGUUUCAUAAAAUGUGCCUUGGUAUGAAUUUUUUCGUUUAUCCUACUGGUAUUUGUCUCGUAGCUGUGUGGGUUAGUGUCUUUCAUCAGUUCUGGAACUGGCCAUUUUUUUCCUUAUAAAUAUUGGUCAACUUUUUGUCUCUCAGCAAUGAAUUUAAAAUAAUUUCUUCAAAUUGAUCUUCUCACUAAUUCUCUCUUUCGUUGCAUUAAAUCUGCUGUUAAACCCUUACGUUGGGUUUUAAUGUCUUAAUUUUUCUUUUUCAAACCUGUUUGGUUGUUUUUAUAAUUUUCUGCUCUUUAUUUAUAAAUUUCUGCUAUUUAUACAUUCAUUUCUCUAAACCUACAGGUCCCACUAUUAUAUUCCAUAUAUACUUGAACUCUUAUGAGGUGGGCUUCUGUGCAUGAUGGUUUUUUUUUUUCUCUAAUGUUGAUUUUUGAGAGAGAGGGAGCGUGUGCAUGCGAGUUGGGGAGGGGCAGAGAGAGGGAGACGGAGGAUCCAAAGCAGGCUCCACGCUGACAGCAGAGAGCCUGAUAGAGGGUUCAAACUCACCAACCAUGAAUCAUGACCUGAGCUGAAGUCAGACGCUUAACUGACUGAACCAUCCAGGUGCCCCUGUGCACUAUGUUUCUAAGGCUUUUAUAACUUUCUCUUACAUUUUGUGGGUUUUGACUAAGCCAGAAGCACUACUAGGGCAUGACCUCUUUUUAAGGUUUUCAGACCACUCAGGUAGAAAAUUCAUGUAAAAGCUAAUUUGGGGAUAUUAUAUCUCCAGGGAGAUUUGUUUUACUCCCUCCCCCUCUCAAGUGUGAAAGGCAAUUUUCCUUGCAUUUUCUGGGUGGAUGGGGGAAGGGGGUAAAGUGGAUUGUUUCUAGUUCGUCCUUCAUGAACUUGAUGAAAAUACAGGUUUUCCACCAGACGGUCCACUUAGGAAGGGGCUUUUUCUUCUUCCCGUCUACCCCCAAAUCUGUUUAUUUUACUUGGUUAAGCAAAUACUCUGAAGCUGAACCAACCUGUGCUUACUUACCUUGCCAGCUUCUCAUUUUCCCUUCAUUUUUGGACUCUUGUAUGUGUCUUUCACUUAGCACAUCGAUGUAUUUUUUAAAACGUUCAUGGUAUUUGACAUUAUCUUAAUGGUUUUCUGCAAGGGAGUUGUUCUAAGGCAUUCUGGGAAAGAAUUUACAGCCUGUACUGGCUGUGUCAUGCACAUCGUUCUCUGUGCCUUGCUUGCGGUUUUGCCCUGUAUUCGUGGGAGGUAAUGGGUAGAUUGUCUCAUUUAAUGGCAGCUUGGGUUUCUAAGGAAACCUAUAGAAAGUGUAUAGUCCAUCCUGGAAAAAUGCUCUAUGAAUACUAGCUGAUAUUGUAUUUUGAACUGAAAACGCACACAUCUGUACGCCUCGUCCAUCCAAGCCCUCCAAGUCACAAACGUUGGUGGUAAGCGCAUAGUUCUUGUAAGACGUGGGGUUGAAAAGAAAUCUGCUUUUUUAGUUUAUUGCAACAGACUUAGUAAAAUACACACGAACAAUGUCAGCAUGCUUAAAGUGUAUUUUAAAAUCCUUCUCGUUCAUAGAGAUAGUUUUCUUCUGAUCUUUGUAUUUUAAAAAUGUUAAAACCCCGCAUAUUUAAGUUUGAACAUUUUGCCAAAAGAGGGCAGUAUUCACCCGCAGUAGAAUGAAAAGGGACUGAAAACUUACUGGAAAGGAGGCGAGUGAAUUUAUUUUUCCUCAUAAGGUUGAUAAAGUUUGACCAAACUAGACCUUUAAUGCCUAGAUUUGUCUGCCAUUCUGGUUCUCUGGGAUGGUUGCCCCAGUGGGACCAUCCCACAUUUUCGUGUUUUUCUAUUACUUUGACAUUUUUUAAAGUGCUAGUUCAGGGGGAAGAGUUGCUUGAAAACUUUAAGGAUAAAACCAAAAACCUUUCCCAAAUACCUGCUUAGAGUGACCCAAAAAGCACGUGUGUAAGGCGUGGUCAUUGAAGUCUGUCCCGGCCCGUGUCUCAGGGCCACUUCCCUCAGGGACCCGUGGCCGGUUAAACCCGAAAAAUGAGGCUCCGGCCGGCCGUGGUGCACCCGGCCCCGAGGUGGCUCGGCCUUGUACUUUGCGCGUUUGUUUUUCUAUCAGCUUGUCCCCUCUGCGCGUUGGUACAGGAGUUCGCGGUUUAAACACACAGCCUUGAACGUUAAAUAUUCAAGGAGGAAAUCGGAAGUAGCUGCUUUGAAUCUCAAGAGUGAGGUGCUUUGGGUUUCCAGGAGUGGAAUGCGCAGGAGGCAAGGAAACCGGUUUCUGGAAGCACAGGAAAAUGUGAGCCUAGACCAGCGAAUUAGAACCCUGCCUGCCCUUUAGGGUUUGGCGAUACUACCGGAUAAAAAGGAAAGCCGUUGUGCACUGGUUCAGUACAUCACGAAUCCACUCGAGCUUCAGAAGGACAGACAGCUCGGGGCCCGGAGGCCGGGGCUUACGUAACGCGCAGUGGAAGCCACUUUGGAAAAGCUUUACACUUGCGUUCUGCCGCCUGCGGCGCACGCUCGUUUCCCGAAGCGGCUCCGGCGGGGACGAGCUUCUCCGCGGCCCUCGGGGGGGGGGGGGGGGGGGGGUGCGGCGCCCCCUAGAGGCGGCGGGCGCCCCCCGCCCUGUAACGUGAUCCCCCUGCUCCUGGAUUGGCCAGAAGCGGAGUUUUCCCCGGGAGCCGCUCGUAGCUGGGCUCCCAAGCCGGGCUCCCCACGACGGGCCCCGCACGGCAGCCGCCGCCGCCGCUUCGCUUCCGGCAGCGGAUGGAGCGAUGGCGCCCAGGCUCCCCUGCUGGACCACUUGCUUCCUCCUGGUCGUGUGGUGCCCGCCCGCGCUCCCCUGCCCUAGCCGGUGCCUUUGCUCGAAGAGCACCGUCCGCUGCAUGCACUUGAUGCUGGAUCGCAUUCCUCAGGUGCCGCAGCAGACCACAGUCCUAGACUUGAGGUUUAACAGAAUACGAGAAAUUCCUGGGAGUGUCUUCAAGAAACUUAAGAAUUUGAACACUCUUCUCCUGAACAACAACCAAAUCAGACAGAUUUCCAGAAAUGCUUUUGAAGGACUUGAAAAUUUACUUUAUCUGUAUCUGUACAAGAAUGAAAUUCAUGCCCUCGACAAGCAAACCUUUAAAGGACUCAGAUCCUUGGAACAGCUCUAUAUUCACUUCAACCAAAUAGAAACGCUACAGCCGGAGACCUUUGGAGACCUUGUGAAAUUAGAAAGACUGUUUUUGCAUAACAACAAAUUAUCGAAAAUCCCGGCCGGGAGCUUUUCUCAUCUGGAUUCAUUAAAGAGACUGCGUCUGGAUUCCAAUGCCCUAGUUUGUGACUGUGACUUAAUGUGGCUGGGGGAACUUAUGCAAGGCUAUGCCCGAAAUGGCCAAACUCAGGCUGCUGCUACAUGUCAAUAUCCCAGAAGGCUCCAGGGACGCUCCAUUGCUUCCGUAACCGUGGAGGAGUUCAACUGUGAGAGUCCCCGAAUUACUUUUGAGCCCCAGGAUGUGGAGGUAACAUCGGGGAAUACUGUCUACUUCACUUGCCGAGCGGAAGGAAACCCCAAACCGAAGAUUACUUGGAUACACAACAACCAUUCAUUGGAUUUGGAAGAUGGUACUCGGCUUAACUUGUUUGACGAUGGGACACUCAUGAUCCGAAACACCCGUGAGUCGGACCAAGGUGAAUAUCAGUGCAUGGCCAGAAACUCAGCCGGGGAAGUCAAGACCCAGAAUGCCAUGCUCAGAUACUCCAGUCCUCCAGCCAAGCCUAGUUUUAUAAUCCAGCCCCAGGACACAGAGGUUUUAGUUGGCACGAGCACAACUUUGGAAUGUGUGGCCACGGGCCACCCACACCCCCAUGUUACUUGGACGAGGGGCAGCGGAGAGGCCCUGGAUGGAUCCAGGCACCUGGCUACUUCCGGAGGACUCUACUUGCAAAAUGUCACCCUGCAGGACCACGGUCGAUUUACCUGUCACGCCAACAAUAAUCAAGGCUCUGUCCAAGCCACAGCGAACAUAAUUGUACAAGCUCCUCCACAAUUCACAAGAAUUCCCAAGGAUCAAAUGGUGCUAGAAGGACAUUCUGUAGAAUUUCUCUGUGAGGCUGAAGGCAACCCACCUCCAAUAAUUGCCUGGACCAAAGCAGGGGGGCAGCUCCCUCAGGAAGGUCCACAUACAGUUCUCUCCUCUGGCACUUUGAGAAUUGACCACGCGGCACAUCAUGACCAAGGCCAAUAUGAGUGUCAGGCAGUCAGUCCAUUGGGAGUGAGAAAAGCGUCUGUCCAGCUGACUGUAAAACCCAAAGCUCUCCCAGUGUUUACUCAACUACCUCAGGACACGAGUAUACAGGUUGGCAAGAAUAUAAACAUUUCGUGUCAUGCUCGAGGAGAACCACAGCCCGUGAUUACUUGGAAUAAGGCAGGUGUUCAGAUUACGGAGAGUGGUAAAUUCCACGUCAGUGGUGAAGGCGUGCUCACCAUCUAUGAUGCAGGGCAAGCAGACCAAGGAAAGUAUGAAUGUGUGGCUCGGAACUCAUUUGGCCUUGUUGCGGCCAACAUGUUUCUCACGGUCAUCGCAAUACAGGCUAGACAAGCUGGCGAUGACUUUGUUGAAUCAUCCAUUCUUGACGCGGUACAGAGGGUUGACAGUGCAAUUAACUCCACACGAAGACAUUUGUUUUCACAAAAGCCUCGCACCCCUGCUGAUCUGCUGGCUCAGUUUCGUUAUCCGCAUGACCCGUUUACUGUGGAGACAGCCAGAGCUGGGGAGAUUUUUGAGCACACACUUCUGCUGAUCCAGGAACACGUGAAGCAGGGGCUCACUGUUGAUCUGGAAGGCAGAGAAUUCCGCUACAACGACCUGGUGUCCCCGCGCUACCUAAGCCUCCUCGCCAACCUGUCGGGCUGCACCGCGCACAGGCAGGUGCCCGACUGCUCGGACCUGUGCUUCCACCUGAAGUACCGAGCCGCGGACGGCACGUGCAACAACCUGCAGCACCCCGCGUGGGGCGCGUCCCGGACGGCCUUCGAGCGCAUCCUGAAGCCUGCCUACGACAACGGCUUCAACCUGCCGCGCGGCGCGGGCCGCCAGCCCCUCCCGCCGCCCAGGCUGGUGUCCACGGAGCUGGCGGCCACGGCUACGGUCACCCCGGACGACCGGUACACGCACAUGCUCAUGCAGUGGGGCCAGUUUCUGGACCACGACCUGGGCCACACGGUGCCCGCGCUGAGCACGGCGCGCUUCUCGGACGGGCGGCCGUGCAGCGCGGUGUGCACGAACGACCCCCCCUGCUUCCCCAUCCAGCUGCCCGACGGCGACCCCCGCCGCGCCCAGGCUGCCUGCCUGUUCUUCGCGCGCUCCAGCCCCGUGUGCGGCAGCGGCGCGACGUCGCCGGCGACGAGCUCGGUGUACGCGCGCGAGCAGGCCAACCAGCUCACCUCCUACCUCGACGGCUCCAACGUGUACGGGAGCUCGGAGCCGGAGUCCCGGGCGCUCCGGGACCUGGCCGCGCCGCGGGGGCUCCUGAGGACCGGCCCGCCGUGGGCCCCCUCGGGAAAGCACCUGCUGCCCUUCGCGCCGGGCCCGCCCACCGAGUGCGGCGGGCCCGGGCGGGCCGGCCGCAGCCCUUGCUUCCUGGCCGGGGACCACCGGGCCAACGAGCAGCCGGCGCUCACGGCCAUGCACACGCUGUGGCUCCGGGAGCACAACAGGCUGGCCGCGGAGCUGCGCGCCCUGAACCCCCACUGGGACGGAGACACCCUGUACCACGAGGCCAGGAAGAUCGUGGGCGCCGAGCUGCAGCACAUCACCUACAGCCACUGGCUGCCCAAGAUCCUGGGGGAGCCGGGCAUGAGGCUGCUGCGGGGGUACCGGGGCUACGACCCCAGUGUGAACGCGGGCAUCCUGAACUCCUUCGCCACCGCGGCCUUCAGGUUCGGCCACACGUUAAUCAACCCGGUCCUGCAGCGGCUGAACGGCAGCUUCGGGGAGAUCCCCGAAGGCCACCUGCCACUGCACAAGGCCUUCUUUGCGCCGUCCAGGAUCAUCGACGAGGGCGGGAUAGACCCCCUCCUUCGGGGGCUGUUUGGCACGGCGGCCAAACUGCGGGUGCCGUCCCAGCUGCUGAGCCUGGAGCUGACCGAGAAGCUCUUCUCCAGCGCCCGCUCCGUGGCCUUGGAUCUGGCGGCCACCAACAUCCAGAGGGGGCGGGACCACGGCAUCCCCCCCUACGCCGACUUCCGGGUGUUCUGCAACUUGAGCUCGGCGGAGAGGUUCGAGGACCUUCGGAACGAGAUUAAAGACGCAGGGAUUCGGCAAAAACUGAAAAAGUUGUACGGCUCUCCAGGCAACAUUGACCUCUGGCCCGCCCUCAUGGUUGAAGACCUGAUCCCUGGUACGAGAGUCGGACCAACACUUAUGUGCCUGUUUGUUACCCAGUUUCAGCGGCUAAGAGAUGGAGAUAGGGAGCUCUGCCGCUGCGCUGUCGCCGCUGGGCCCGCAGCUCAGGGCCCUUCUGGGAGCCUCACUGCACGCCUCUCCCUGCUGGCCACCAGGUUCUGGUAUGAGAACCCCGGAGUGUUCACCCCCGCGCAGCUCACUCAGCUGAGGCAGGCGUCCCUGGGCCGCGUGCUCUGCGACAACGGCGACAACAUCCAGCAGGUGCAGGCCGACGUGUUCGUGAAGGCGCGGUACCCGCAGGACUACCUGAGCUGCAGCGAGAUGCCGCAGGUGGAUCUGCGCGUGUGGCAGGACUGCUGCGAAGGCUGUAGGAGCAGAGGACAGUUGAGAGCAUUCGCACAAGAGUCUCGAAAGAAACGCUCUGCUCAAUACAGCUAUCCUGAUGAGCAAGAUAAGGACUUACGUGAUCUGAGUCGUGGGCAACAAGAUCACUUGUCCGUAGUUGAAGAUGGUAGAAAUGUGACGUUUCUGGCAAAAACAGAGUUUGCCCAAGAUUUCAGCAAUUUUGCAGCAGAAAUUCAAAAAACCAUCAAAGCUCUCAGAGAACAGAUAAACAAGCUGGAGGCACGCCUCAGGCAGGCGGGAUGCACGGAUGAUGAAGGGAUUCAGAGGAGAGACCAGGAACAUUGGAUGAAAGACGCCUGCAUUCGCUGUACGUGUAAGAGUGGCCAGGUCACCUGCGUGGUGGAGACUUGUCCCCUGGCUGCGUGCCCCCGUCUGGAGUCGGUGAAAGGAACCUGCUGUCCGGUUUGCGGAGACCCGGCCGAUUCCCCGGAGAAACGCUAACCAGUGUCAUCGCUCUUGAGCCCCGAGUGGGGGAAUUUCUCAGGAAAAGACAGGCACGUCGGACUUCAGUACUUUUCACCCGGAGUCACACUCCAGGCGCAGAAGUCACUGACCAAGUAGUUCAUUUAACUCUCCGACACACGGGAGAUCUUUUGUCUUUCCAUCUUCUAAUGUACCGUAAAGUAAUGCAAAAAUUCAAGUCUAUAAAGUACAUAGGAAUUAUUUUAUUGUAAGAAGGAUUUCGUAUUGAAAGCUACCAGUUUUAUUUGCCGUACAUGGAAAUGAAAAGAAUAUCAUGCGGCAUUGUUUUGUCUUUUGUUUUUUGUUUUUUUUUUUUUUAGACCUGAGGAUUGUGAAAAAGCUCGCAUGUCAAAAUUCAGAGAGAUUUUAUGAUCUCCAGGAAUUUUGAGAGAAUGCGUUUUGCACUCAGAGAAAUCAUCUGGAAAGAUUUUUGCGAUAGCUUCGGCACAACGCAGGAUGCUGCUUUCCUCAUUGUGCUCUUUUGCGUCUAGAACCUAGAUAAUGGCCAGAUUUUGCUGGAAACGCACUUCCCUUAACCGUCACUAGGCUCUAACUUGUAGAACAUUAGGGGGAAGUCAGGGAAAGUAUAAUUUGGGGGAGCUUGCUAUGUUGUACAUUUGGCUGGGAAAUACAAACACUGUGAAGGGAAGGAGCCUUCAAAGGAGCAUGGCACAAUACCUGCCUUUCCCUUGUGCCAUUCAUGUCACGUGUGAGGUGUCGAAAUUGAAAUUCUCCAAGUGUGAGCAACUUGGGAACAACUCAAACCUGAAUUUACUGUCAGAAAAAUGGGAAAUGCCUGCAGCUUAAACGAAAGUUCGUGCUAUGAGGUUUCUUCUAAUUUUGGCACUCUGUAUAGCAUCUCAAAUACAACCCAAUAUAAAAAAUAAAAAUUAAAAAAUACAGCCCAAUAGAGAACAGGUUUAGCUAUACUCAGAAUUGGAUGUUUAGUAAGUUAGGUGAGUUUCUUAUAAUCAAUGCUUUUAAAAUAUUGUGCACCCACAUGUAGGGGUUGGUUACAGUUGUUGGUAGAUUUCUUUACGAAAUUCUUUGUUCUAGAACCUUCGAGGAGAGACUUCAUGUAGUGUCCUGCUCAGCAAGGCUCUUAGGGUGAUAACUCUACUGAUACCCAGUUGCAAAAUAGACAUUUAACAACAGGCAUCAUCUCCCAGUAUUCAGAAGCAUUGCGUAAAGUGCAGGACACAUUUUAGUCAAAAUAUCCUCAUGGUUUUAGUAUUAUGAGUGAAGAAAGAUGUUUUUGGAGUUUGAUGAUGCACAUCCUUAUUUUAAAAAUGUGCUGGUGAUCCCCUCCCAAGAUCCCAAAUAACUUUUACGAAAAGGUUUACGGGCAAAACGUAGUAUGUCCUAAAGGUUUGACAUUUGAUGCCUUUUGAAAUCCAAAAUAAUUUCUACUUAACGUUUCGAAAGGCAAAACGUAGCAGGUCCCAAAAGCUUGACAUUUGGUGGCCUUUCAAAACCCAACAAAAUGAAAUGAAGCCAAACCUCAUGGAAGUGUAAUUUGUUCCUCUGAAACAACCACAGCAAGCGUAUUGCAAAUGACAGUAACACAGCCAAGAGUUGAGUCAUGUUCAUUUGUCAUUGUAUCCUUUUCUUCAAGUUGAAGCAAAACCUGCAUGGUAUCUCGUGUUAUUUUUUAUACCUUGGCCACAUGUUAACAUGGAUGCCACCUGGUCAAUGUUUGGUACAUUAACCAUAAGCAAAUAUCAAAAUAACAGCAUCAAAUUAUCAUUUAAAAUGGAACACGGGAAUUUUAAAGCUCGUCCGUCAGUCGACAAUUGGAAAAUAUUCGGUCCCCCUUACAGAUAUGGUUAUAAUGCAGAUUACCUUUCUUCUUUCUUCAUUUUACUGCAUUUCAUUUAUUUCACUAUGUUUUUUAAAUGUUUCAUUUUUAAAAGUUCAUAUUGCACACAAUAAAAAUUUCAAAUAUUUCCCAA